UGGCAGCCAUAAUUGGACGGAUCAGUGUUGGCGCUUUCGCGGUCGAUGACAAACUCCACUCCACGCUUAGCGCGCCAAUAUAGCCUGCGUGCCUGCCAAGAAACACUCGUAAAUAGUCGGUGCAGCUUGUAGUUAUAGUUAGAUUGGCGCUCAAAGACGUUGUCAGUUUCCACAGCGAAAUAGACGGCACCGAUACCGUAAAUACGCCGCUUUAUUGUAGUGUACAUUUAAUUGCGGCCCGCAUUCAAACGAAUAUUGAAUAUUGAGCAGCGAAAGGAGUUGAUAAUCAAAUAUUCAGUGCACAAAGUUUACAACAAUAAUAACAAGAAAUUACAACAACAAAGGCAAAUAUGUUGCUGAAAAUUCAAUUAAUAUGCUGUCUGGCGCUGCUGGCCAAGGCGCAGAACUCCAUCGAACAGCUGCCGGGCGAAAUACAAUUCGAAACUUCACAUAAGCGACCGGACGAAAAUGACUUCCAGACAUCACAUAAAAUACCAAGACAUUCUUUCUUGCCAGAAACAGAUUUGGACUUACUGCAGGGCACCAUGAAUUUAUUGCCGACCAAGGAACGCCCCGAACUGAAUCCCGUUUUGAGUGCGCUCAUCAAUGAGGAUGUAAUGAAGAGCAUCGAGGCGAAACGUGCCAUUGAGAAGGAGGAGUUGGAACAGAUUAAAGCCGAAAUCGAUGCGGCACGCAAGCAAAAGGAAGAAGAGGAACGUAGAGUGGCCGAGACCAGAAAUGCGGUAUUGACUACAGCGGCGCCGAUAAGUAAAGCCGAACUCGAUGAUUCCAAUAUUGGCCUUGUCGAUCAAGAGAUUAACUUUGAAGCUGCCGGUACGGAUAACAAGAAGUCACGAAUUGAAAUCAAAAAGGGGCCAAAUGGACAAGACUAUGAAUACGAAUAUGUCUACUAUUACGAAGAUGAGGAGGAUGCCAAGCCAUCGGAAGCGCCAGCUAAGGCCGACUCAAGUGAACGCGGCAAAUCACGUUACAGCAACAUUGAACGCACCACAGCGGCGCCAGCUAGCAACAGUCUGGUCAGCAACAAGGCCAAGGGACGUUCAUCGAGCUUAAGCGACAGCAGUGCUGACGAUGUUGAAGCCGAACGUCUGCCAGCCAAUACACGUUUCCCCAGUCGUGGCAAAAAUGUGGAUGCACAGCCAACGCCCGCUAUAGAUUCGCUUGAAAACGCCGCCGAGAAAAAGAAGAUCAGCGUUAAGCGACCCAGCUUGGAACUGGUUGAUAGCGCAACCUUCAACACGGACGAGAAACAGGUGAAGGGUAUCCGUAAUAGCGAUACUGAAACGAAAUCGGCAAUCGCCAUUGAACAAGAGCAAGCAGCUGCAGCAGCGGCGGCUGAAAAGAAAGAGGCCGAGGAGAAGAAACGCCGUCAGCCAACCAUUGGAAGUGAUGAAGAGAAUGUGACCGUUAAAGAUGCAGCAGAUGAGGAAGUGGAACAGACCACCUUGUCGAUGGAGAAGGCCGCAUUAGACUUGUAUGCGAUUUUACAGAACGAAAACUUCAACAUGGAUAUGACCACCGAUGCUGAUACCGAGGUGACCACUGUGCUGCCAGAUACCACAAAUCCCGAUGACGAAGGUCUGACCACAAUUGUGGAUGAGGCGCCUAGCUCAACCACAUCUACCACUACAACAACUACCACAGAGGCAACUACAACGACAACAACGACUACAACAACCACAGCAGCGCCUUCAUUGUUUGGUGGCAAGCGUCCCGGCUUGAACUCAGCCCGUCCUAAUCGUUUCAAGCUGAACAAGGGUGGCAAGAGCGAAGCAAGCACAACAACGACAACAGAAGCGCCCGCGCCGGAGGCACCAAAAACGGGCAAGAAUCGUUUCUCACGUCCCUCGAUUGGCGGUCGCGCACGUCCUGGUGCACGCACCACUACCGCAGCACCGGCGCCAGCAGCCGAAGAGGAGGAAGAAGUAGCCGCACCCAAAGAAGUGAAGCCUGUGAGCUCUGGUUUUGGACGUGGCCGUCCACGCAAUCGUUUCAAUCUACGCAGCACAACAACCACCGAGAAACCAGCCGGCGCUGACGCUGAGGAGACAAACGAGGAAGCAUCUGUAUCCAGCACGACAGCACGCACGCUGCGCGGUGGACGUCCACAAUUGAGCUUGCGUGGUCGCAGUCGCACCACCACAGCCAAACCUGCCGCCGAAGAGGAGCACAAGGAUGAGGAGACAGCUGCCAGCGCCGCCGAAGAGAAACCAGCACCGGCACCAGCGAAACCGGCAUCACGUUUCGCACGACCAGGUGGCAAUCGUUUGUUGCCACGCGGCAAGCUAGCACGCACCACUGAAGCACCAGCAGCUGAUGACUCAGCCGCGGAUAGUAGUCAUCACAAUGACGUCAAGGGUGAGGAAAAUGGCGAGGAGGGCGCUGAGAAGGCGGCCGAGGCGGAAGCAAAGCCCGCAGCACACCAUGGACUGAAUCGUCUGAAGACGCGUCCACAAUUGCAUAAGACUGAGAACGCCAAACCAAAGGCGGCACCAGCGCCAGUGGCGCCACGCAAAGUCAAUCCACUGUUGGCCAAGCGACGUCUACAGCUCGGACACUCCACCACGGAAGCGCCCGCUGAAGAGGACAACGCCACCGCAGCCGAAGAAUCGAAAACGGAAGAGGAAAGUGCACCAGCAGCCGCUUCCGCCGAUGCGCCUGCCGCCGAAAAUGCUGACAGCGCCAAGGAUGAAGCUGCCGAUGAAGCCGAAACGACAACAAAACAACAGGCACGCGGCUUGGGACUACUAACACAAAGAAGGCGUUUGCCGCUGCGCAAACCCGGCACCAUACUGUAAAAGCUGUGAGCGUCCGCAUGUGAUGAAAUAAAUCCCGAUGUGUGUGAGCGACAACCAUACGAAAGAGCAUUGAUAACGGAGGGUGGGAAGCAAACGCGGGACACAACUGUUAACCUCACUGCAAUUAGAUGCUCCACGCUUGGAUUGAUUUAAGACAAAAACAAAAAUUAAAAAAAAAAAAAUUAAAACAAGAAAAAUGAAGACAGGAAAAAUGAAGACAAGAAAAAUCAUGUGAAAAGAUUUUAAUUUGUAUGAUUUAAUACUUUAACUAUUUGUUGUUUGUAGUUUGACUUGAAGACAAAAGCAAGAAUACUCGUUAGAAAACCUAUUUGGCUUUAUUUCGGCCACAGUCGAUUUUUAUUAAUUAUUUUAAUAUUAUAUAUAUAUAUAUAUUCUUUUUUGUUUUGUAAAUGCCCACUCGCUUUGCGGCUUAAGCUGAGAGCGAGCUGUAAGCCCCCUUUUUAGUACUCCACUGCCAGUGUUGAGUGUAGUAUCUACAUAUGUACGCGUAGUUUAAGUGUGUGCCUUUUAUUGUAUAAUUUUGUAAGCAUUUAUAAUUACAUACAUAUAAACAAACAAACAUACAUACAUACAUACAUGACGAAAUGUAUACACAAAACGAAGGCGAAGAAAAUUUUCAAAUUAUAUGAAAUUUCGAUUAUUUUUAUUAUUAUUUUUGAGUAAAGUUAUGAUUUUUAUAUUACACAUAACACACAUAAACGCCAAACAUACACCCACACACAUAUACACUUACAUAUUCACACACGCCAACACAAGUAAUGCAAGUAAUGUAGUUCUGUACGAUUUUAAUGUACUGUACAAGUACUAUUUGCCCAAUAAUGUGUGAAGUUAAAUUGAAAAUUUGUAAGAGAGAAAGACAAAUAAAAGAAAAUUUAUCUUAAAAUAUAAA